GAUCCAUGGAUAUGCGACAUGAAUGUGAACGGUCAAAUUUUAUUUCAGAAUUCAUGUGUAUUUUUGCUUUUGCGCAUUAGCAUUAGCGCUACAUGCUUUUCUCUCGUACCCACAUACUGUAUCUCUUGGUGCAGCUAUGCAGCUAUAGCUGCAAAAACAGCAAAAGCAAACCGCCUGGCCUUUUUUCACCUCCUCGACCUGAGCAUGUACUUCAGACCAGCUGUUUACUCUCCACUCCAGCAAAAGAUGCUCCACAUAUGAGCUGCUAACUCAUCCAUUUCCCUUUAUAAAGCUGCGAGUCGUCUCUCAAAUAUGACAUUUUUUGUUGUUGAUAAAGAAGGUGACGUUUAUACUCGUAUGUAAGUGCGCAUGUGAGGCGUUUCAGGGACAGAUUCGUUCACAUUACACACAGGUACAGAUCACUUACAUUAGUGAAUGUGAACUGUCAAGAUCUGAUCUGAGCAAAAAAUCAGAUUUGAGCAAUGUGGCUAGUAAUGGGAACGUAGCCUAAGAAACACAGAGGUACAUUAUAAGAACUAGCUCAUCAUGUGUCUCCCAGUCUGUAUUGUUCACUGUAUUCAAUCCCAUGUUCCUUCUAAAGGGAGAAGAAACGGGUAGAAAUCACAGGUGUGAUGGUAUGCAGCACAUGCAGCAACAUGGCUUUACAAGAGUGUAAUGGAGUGAAAGUCCGGCCCAUGAAACUGGACCAUCGCAGGAACUCCAUCCCUCCAGCACAGUUCCUCACAGCCAAGCACCUGCUCGCAUACAUUCCCCGGCCAGCUCCGGAAUCAACCCGUUACAGCCCGUACCCAAAGACUGGAGUUAAAUCUGCUGUGGCCUCAGCAGUGCUGAACUCUCAAAAGGCCUCCAUCCCCCAGAGUAAGAGCUUUGAGUUGCAGGCCUUGGUGCCGGUCCCGGUGCGCCAGCUGACCUAUUCACUGCAGAAUCACUAUCAGCAGACUCCCGGUGGCCAAGAACAGAGCGUCUGCAUGUACACCCAUCCCACGGGCCAGGAAGAAGCUCCACAGGAGCCCUCAAAGCCACAUCGUACUCGUCGCAGCAUGGGUCUCAAGCGCUUGAGCUCUAAGUGGCGCUCCACCUCCACCAGUAGUGACCACUGUCACAGUAGCGUUCAGGUUCCUGUGGAAAUGACGAGGGAGACGUUCCGGAAGCAGUGGUGCAAACUGUUGGGUGAAGAGCAGCAAGUGUGUCUGACUACAGGCAAGCAAAGGCAGCGCUACAUUACAAAAGACGGCAAAUGCCAGGUCAAUCUCGGGCCCAUUGAAGACAAAUGCAAAUUUUUGUCUGAUAUCUUCACCACUCUGGUGGACCUGCGGUACCGCUGGUUCCUGUUCGUCUUCACCAUGUGCUACAUUGGCACCUGGGUAGUCUUCGCUGAAAUAUAUUUUGUGGAUGCCUGGCUGAGGGAUGACGUGAAUCACGUGAACGAUCCAAACUGGCCAAGUUGCUUCGAGAACGUCGACAGCUUCCUGUCAGCCCUGCUCCUGUCGGUGGAGAGCCAGAGGACCAUUGGCUACGGUUCCCGGAUGGUGACUGCCAACUGCAUAGAAGGCGCGGUGCUCCUCAUGGCCCAGUCCAUAAUCGGCUCCAUCAUAGAUGCGCUCAUGGUCGGCUGCAUGUUCGUCAAGAUCUCCAGGCCGCAGAAGAGAGCCCAGACUCUGAUCUUCAGCAAGCGCUGUGUGAUAUCCGAACGAGACGAGAACCUCUGCCUGCUCUUCCGCAUAGGAGACCUCAGGGAGAGUCACAUGGUUGAUGCCAAGAUCAGAGCGAAACUCAUCAAAUCCAGACAAACAAAAGAGGGGGAGUUCAUCCCUCUGGAGCAGUCUGAGAUCAACCUGGGCUACGACACUGGAGGCGACCGGCUUCUUCUCGUCGAGCCUCAAACGAUCACUCAUGUAAUUAACGAAAGCAGUCCCUUCUGGGAGAUAGGAGCCGAGUCUUUGAAGAGGGACAAGUUUGAGAUCAUCGUCAUCCUUGAAGGCAUUGUUGAAGCAUCAGGUAUGACUUGCCAGGCUAGAACGUCUUACACAGAAGAUGAGAUUCUUUGGGGUCAUCGCUUUGAGUCAUGUAUCUCUUUGGAGAAAGGGGCUUUUCGUGUGGACUACAGCGCAUUUCACAAGACAUUUGAAGUGCAGACUUCCCGUGAAAGUGCUAAAGAAAUGGCUGAAAGAAAGGACAGAGAAAGCAUUUAGUUCAAGGGUUGGGAACUAUGGGCUGGAGUUCAGUACAGUAUGCAGAUUAACCUGCUCUGGCACACACAUUAAUGCAGACAUCCCACCCUUCAAAAACUCAUUUUAGAGAGGGAGCAUUAAGGCCUGGACCCCCAACCUUCUCCUCCAAACCCCUACACCCAGGUCUAAGAGAUAAAGGACACUUGAUUUUUUAAUUCACAUCUUCAAAGUUUAAACUGGUAUUAAAAUGUGUACUUUCUAUAUAAUAUACUAGUGCAUCUCAUUGAAAAGUUACUUUAUUUCAGUCAUUCAGUAAAAAAUGUGAGACACAUGUUUAGAUGAUCUAUUUUAAGCAUUUAAUUAUUUUAAUGUUGAUGAUUAUGGCUUACAGCCAAUGAAAACGCAAAAAAUCAGUGUCUCAGAAAAUUUGAAUAUUAAGUAAGACCAAUUGGUACUUUUGGCAGUGUGGGCAGUGUGCCAAGUCCUGCUGAAAAAUGAAAUCUGCAUCUCUAUAAAAGUUGUCAGCAGAGGGAAGCAUGAAGUGCUGUAAGAUUUUCCGGGAAAACACUGCACUGACUUUGGACUUGAUUGUAACUUAGUUACUUUUAAAAUCAAAUAAUCCCAAAAGUAACUAAGUUACCUUUUAAUGGGAUAAUCAGUAAUUUGGUUACUUCCUCAAAGUGACUGUCAUCACUGUUUGUGUUUCAUUAAAUCAGUCAAACUCACAGCACUGUCCAACUUCUAUUUGUGGAAGUUGUUUUCAUGGUAUUUGAAUUCACUAAAUACUUUGUUAUCAACUGGUAUUGCUAUUAAAUUGCUAAAAAAUGACUGUAAUUGCUAUAAAACACUGAUAAAUAACUGGCAACCCAGUUGUGGUAAAUUUUAAGGUCUGUAGCUAACUGUUCUUUGGACAUGUUUUGAAAUAGUGUAAAAUUAUCUAAAUGAUUUACUGUAACACCAAUCACAGAGCCAAUUACUGAUGUCCAGCGUAAUUAAGCAUAAACCUGGCAACCAACAGGUGUGUAAAAUCAGAUGCCCUUGAGUGGGAAAAACACACAAGUCCUCCAGGAGUUCCUCAACCUUACCUUAUUUAUUGUACUAAUGGACCAACUAGCAGCCAAAAUAGAGUUCCCAGGCAUCAGUCAUUUAUCUAGCAUGUACUGAGUGUGUCCAUGGUUCUGUUUUUAUCCCUGAUUUACUCUAUAUGAAUCAGUUGUGUGCACAACUCUAAUUUUUUAAAUGAUUUUAAAAUAAAAGUAUUUAUGCACUUUUUGCUUCAUCUGUGUUUUUACAGAAUAUGUGCAAAAGUAUUGGGACACCUGCUCAGCUCUAAUGUAUUGGGAAGGCUUUCUACUAAAUUUCUGGCCAUCAGGAUUUGAUUGCAUUAAGCAUUAAGAGCAAUAGUGAUAUCAAAAUGUAGGAUGAUCACCACCUCACCUCUUCCCCAACGCCCCUCACAGCUCAUCCCAAAAGAAAUGAAUGGUGAACCAUAAUUAUAGAGAACACAGUUCCACUGCUCUACAGCUCAAACAUGAGGACAUUUAUAUA